GAGAUUAACGAAACGUUUUUGUGCGUCAUGAUCAUCUACAUGAAACAAUCACAUUUAACAUACUAAAAGAUAUUCCGUGUAGGGCUGGUAUCCGUGCUAUCGCGCGGCGAGGUGGCACUAUUUAACUGUCUAUAUUGCAAAAUUCUUAUGUCAGACCACUUAGCUAAAUAAUGCGCCAAAUCUAAUUAGUCGUUAAAAUAUUUGCUAUAAACGAUUGCCAAUAUUUUCCGUUUAAAAUAAUUACUUUGUCUACAAUGACAAUCUCUUCGAGGACUUCAUCGAAUGUUUUAAAUGAAGUAAAAAUUUAAAAGGUACAAGUUUAAAAAAGGGAACAAAAACACAUUUUUAUGCCACCGAAAAGACGUGGCGGGAAGUAUAUGCGCCUACUGCUAUUUGUUUCUUUUGUGGAACAAAAAGCCGGUGGCCGGCUGAGUGUAAAUUGCUGUCCUGUCGUUCCGGCCGCAGAAUGUCUCAAAAAGUUGCUGUAGUCACUGGAGGAAAUAAAGGCAUAGGCUUUGAAAUUGUUAAAGGAUUAUGCCAGAAAUUUGAUGGAGUAGUUUAUUUAACUGCGCGAGAUGUUGACCGUGGAUCUAGAGCAGUUGAAGAGUUGAAGAAAGAAGGCUUAGAUCCAAAAUUUCAUCAAUUAGACAUCUGUGAUCAACAAAGUCUGAAUACUUUUAAAAAACAUCUUGAAGAUAACUAUGGCGGAUUAGAUAUUUUAGUCAAUAAUGCUGCAAUUGCUUUUAAGGUAGUGUUAUUUCAGAUGGCUUCUACUGAACCUUUCAGUGUGCAAGCUGAACAGACUAUUCAUGUCAAUUACACUAGCCUUCUGGAAACGUGCCAUAUACUCUUUCCACUUCUUAAACCACAUGCUAGAGUUGUGAACGUGUCCAGCAGUGCAGGUCACCUCAGUCGGAUUCCUGGGGAAAGCUUAAAGCAGAAGUUGGCCAACCCUUCACUCACAGAGGAGGAGCUGACUACAUUGAUGAAUGAUUUUGUUCAGGCUGCAAAAAAUGGAAACCACAGUGAGCAAGGUUGGCCUAAUAGCGCCUAUUCUGUCUCCAAAGUAGGAGUAAGUGCCUUAUCCUUUCUGCAACAAAGGGCAUUCGACAAGGACACCCGUGAGGAUCUUGUGGUGAAUGCAGUUCAUCCAGGAUAUGUGAAAACUGACAUGUCAAGUCAAAAAGGAAACUUGACCCCAGAGGAAGGUGCUGAUGCUCCUUUGUUUUGUGCCUUACUUGCCCCCUAUGUACAAUCUCCUCGAGGAGAGUAUGUGUGGUGGAACCGAAAAGUGGUUGAUUGGCAGAAUGACAUUAAUGUUUAAAGAAAAUUACAUUUUGAAUCACUUGAAUGUCUGUACUAGUGGCUAAGUAUAAUUUCACUGUAUAUGAGACAAUGCUAAAUAAAUUUUUUUCCUAUAUUUCUUUCUGUUUACUAUAUUUUUGUGACCCUAAAAUUAACU